UUAUGAUGAGACUAGAUUAGGUACCUACAGGCAUAAGUAAUGAAGCGGAACUAAAUUGCACGUGGAGUUGUAUUCUAACAGUAGAGUUAUAUGAUGAAUGAUUGUAUGGUACCUAUUUAGAUUCCUAUCUUAUAUGACUGUUGGGUUGAGUCAAGUACAUACAUUCGUGAAAUAAAAAUUGUUGUGGAUGCUUGAUUUGUUUACGAAACAUUAUGAAAUAAUUUUAGGUAGUUGAAAGACAAUGUAUGCCUGCACUCCUUUAAUCAAAUAAAUUUUAUUACCAAGGUGAUAUGUAUGCAGCUAUACUACAUGGUCAUUUUUUUUGUUGAUGAAUUGUUACAUAAAUUUGUUUCCAUACAGGUACCUACAAAGUUAUAUAAUAGCAAACAGGUAUCACUUUCCUUGAUUAAAAAAAAUGCAAGUAUCUGUUUAAAUAAUUAUAGGUACCUUCUAGAAUUUUCAAAUGUAACAAUAUUUAGAGAAUUGCAUUGGUUUUUUUUUGAUCAUUAGACAUGAAGGUUAGAUUAAAUUUUUUUAUUGUACCUAAAAUUGAAAAAUGAAUGAUGUCUCUAUUCCAAUAAAUGUAAGUACAUACCUAUGUAUGAAGAAUGAGGAAAUGAAGGAUGUUAAGAUGAUUUGAGAUUAGCACCAUUUUUCAUAAAAUAUAUCAAGGUUGAAUUAAAUGCAGUUGUGCAAUAAUUUCCACCAAAAAAGUGAGUGGAUGCAUGUCAAAUUUAAUGAUUUAACUGAUUAUUCAACAAGGAGUACCUAUUGUACAUGGAAAUUUUUUCCUGGUCAAAUUUGUAUAUAUAAGGAUGAUUUUUUCAGGAUAUUUCAUUAAUUGUUUGUGCACUGUUGUUAACAGUAUUAUCUUGCUCUAAUAAUAGUAUUUGUGGUUCGUGUAAUUUUUCGUUUCAUUUAUUUUUUUCAUUUUAAAUACUACACUGUUGUUAAUAGUAUCAUCUUGCUCUGAUAAUAGUAUUUGUGGUUCGUGGAAAUUUUUUGUUUCAUUUUAUUUUUUUUUCAUUUAAAAUACCUACCUAUUCAAUAUGAAUUCUUCAAUCGAUAAUGUUGAAUCUCGUCCUGGUGUUUCUGGUAAUGAUCUAAUGGAAAUAGGAGUAGGUUCCAACCAGAGUGAAACCAAAAGGCAGAUGGUAGCUUUCUUUUCCAUCAAGUUACUCAAUAAGGAGAUGUCAUUCUUACACUUAUUAAAAAUAGUUGAAAUAACUACACUGAUCAAAUGGAAUGCAAAGAUAGAAGAAAAAAGACCACAUGAUGGUGUAAUCAUCAUAAGUUUUCCGUUUCAAAUUAAGGGUGAAACGAUUAUGGAGAAUAUGGAGCAAGUGUCUCAAAUAGACAUGAGAUACUACAUUACAAUAAGAAAGGUGGAUUAUUUGACACAGGAAAAUCGAAAUCACAUGGAAAUCUUGCGAUCAAAGUACAUAAGAAAGGGUAUAACUUGUUCCAUUUGCAAUUACCAAAGAUUUAAUACAGAAAAGGAAUUGAGAAACCAUCAGAAAACUAGAAGCCAUUUAUUGCAAGUAAUAGAAAAAUUUUAUGACGAAAAUUCGGAAUACAUUUGUCUCACUGGUGAUUCCGCUUUUAAAAAUCGUAUAUCAACCCUAAUUUUUGUAAACAAGGAGCCUGAGAUCACUAUAAAUCACUUUUUCGAAAAAAUCAAAUUGUCUUUAGUGAAUUAUUUGGAAACUCGUUUGAGUAUUGAUCCAAGUUUAAAAUGUAACUUUAAUCUUUUUUGUUGGUACAAAAAAAUUGAUGAUGAAGAACAAAUUUUUAAUUUGAAUACUUCAAAUAUUCCAUUUUUUCCAAAUGAUAAUAUUUUACAAAAAUUAGAAUCUCAAUUAAUUUCACAAAUUGACGUCCAAAAUGAUGAAUUCACAAAACGAGGAUCAGGUUGGAUGUUUAAUUCAGUUUCUGAGCUAGAAGUGAGAAUCAAUAAAAAUGAUAUAAUCAAAGCUGGAGCCUUUAUAGAACUACCCAAAGCUUUAAAAAAUAAAAAGGCAUUAAUAAAUGUUAAAAACACAGAUGAUAGGUGUUUUUACUACUGCAUUUUAUUAAAAUUUAUGGAGAAAAAACCACAUCUUGAGCGUCCAAGUAUUUUUCCUGAGUUUGAAAAAAACUUAGUCGAUACCCAAAAAAUAAAGUUUAAUUUUAGUGGCAUUCAAUACCCUACAACCAUCGAGGACAUUAAAAAAUUUGAAAAAGUCAACACCUCAGUUUCAGUUAAUGUCUUUGUAUACGAGCGAAAUAAAAUUUCACCAUUAAAAGUUACAGACCAAGAAAAAAAAUUUCACUAUGAUUUAUUGAUGCUAAAAAAUAAAAAUGGCGAUUUUCAUUAUGUUUUCAUAAAAAAUUUGAAUAGGCUUCUUUCUUCACAAGUUAGUAAAACCAAAAGUGCUAUCGAAGUAUGUAAACGAUGUUUAGCACAUUUUAUAGGUAGGGAUAGAUUACAGAAAUUAACUGAACAUAAACUGUACUGUAAAGAAAAAUCGGUAUCUCCAUCAUGUUACAAAAUGCCUACUGAAGAUAAAAGGUAUCUGUACUUUAAAAAUUACCAUCAUGAAACCCCUGUUACUUUUUGUGUUUUUGCUGACUUUGAAGCUCUCCUUGUACCAUGCAAAGAUACAAAUCUUACUAAAUCGUGUUUAAAAAAAUUCCAAAAACAUGAGCCAAUAGCCUUUUCCUUUUAUUUGGUACAUGCAGAGAAAGGAAAAAUUCGAGAUCCUGUUUGCUAUACUGGUCCUAAUGCAGCUACCAUAUUUUUUAAAAUGAUCAAAAAAGUGGGGCUUUAUGUUGAAAAACGAUAUAAAAAAUACAUGAAGGUAGAAUAUUGUAGUAAUUUGACUGACCAAGAGUGUGACAGAUUUCAUACUGCACCAAAAUGUGUAAUUUGUAGGGAUGAUUUUAAAGUUGGUGAUAAACGAGUACGUCAUCAUUCCCACAUCACAAAUUUAUUUCUUGGACCGGCUCAUUCAAAAUGCAAUUUGGUAGCUCGUACUCCAACAUUUCUUCCGGUUUAUUUUCACAAUUUAUCCAAAUAUGAUAGCCAUUUAAUUUUGCAUGGUUAUAAAAAGGGAGCAUUGGAUAUGGAGGUGAUACCAUCUACUGAAGAAAAUUAUAUAAGUUUUUCUAAAAAAAUAAAUAAACAUUUUUGGAUCCGUUUUGUAGACUCAUACCGUUUUCUAUCAUCAAGCUUACGUACUUUGGUUGAAUCCUUACCAGUGACUGAACUUAUACAUACACAAAAAUACUUUUCUGAUCCCAAUUAUUUUGAUUUAAUCACAAAAAAAGGAUUCUUUUGUUAUGAUUAUUUGGACAAAAUUGAAAAAUUACAAGUAAGGGAACUUCCAUGGAGGGAAGAUUUUUAUAAUCAAUUAAAUGAUGAGGAAAUUAGUGAAGAUGACUAUAAAUUUGUACAAAAAGUUUGGAAAACAUUCAAAUGCCGAAAUUUAGAGGAUUAUUUAGUGAUUUAUGUGAUCUCAGACGUCUUAUUACUAGCCGAUGUAUUUCUAUCUUUUAGGAAAUUAUGUAUUGAUAACUAUAAACUAGAUCCAUGUUAUUUUUAUUCUUUGCCAGGCUAUGCCUUCGAGGCUAUGCUUAAGAUUACUAAUGUUAAGUUGGAUUUAUUAGUAGAUAUAGAUCAAUAUUUAUUUUUAGAAAAAGCAAUGAGGGGAGGUAUAAGUGAAGCUGUGACUAGGUACUCUGAGGCCAAUAACAAGUAUGUUCCCACUCAAUAUGAUCCAAUUAAUCAAAAACUAAAUUCAAUAGUCUACUGGGAUGUGAAUGGUCUUUAUGCCUUCAUAAUGGGGUACAAUAAAUUUCCAGUUCGUGAUUUUUCAUGGGUGAGUCGAACAGACAUUGAAAAGUUUGAUACUAAUUUUAUUUUGAAUUUGGAUAAUGAAGCUGAUGUAGGGUAUUAUUUGGAAGUUGACAUUGACUAUCCAGAAAGGUUGCAUGAUUCUCACAACAGUUUUCCAUUUCUUCCAAUAAAGAAACCUACUCCUAAAUCAAAAGUGGCUAAACUAUUGUGUACCCUUGAAAAUAAACAACGUUACGUUUGUCAUUAUAGAAAUUUGAAAUUAGCUUUGAAACAUGGUCUUGAAUUGAAAAAAGUGCAUAAGAUUUUGACAUUUAAACAAGAGAAUUUUUUUGAACCCUUCAUCAAGAUCAAUACUGAGUUGAGAAAACAAUCAAAAAACAAAUUUCAAAAAUCUUUGUUCAAGUUAAUUUCGAAUUCAACUUUUGGAAAAACUAUUGAGAAUCAGAGAAAUUAUUCAAAUUUUAAAUUGAUUUGUGAUGAAAACAAAUUAGCGAGAUCAAUUGCUAGACCUACUUUCAAAAGCUCAACAAUUUUUUCUGAAAAUCUUGUUGGUGUACAUUUCCAUAAAAAUGUCAUUACACUAAAUAAACCAAUUUAUUUGGGAAUUACAACUUUGGAGUUGUCAAGAAAUUAUAUGUACGAAUUUUAUUACGAAAAAAUACCUCAAAUUUUUCAUGACCUUCCAUUCCCACAAUUACUAUACAUGGACACAGAUUCAUUUAUUUUGUCUGUUGCUACUGACGAUGUGUAUCCAUAUAUUGCUAGAAAGGGUUUAGAUUAUUUUGAUACCAGCACUUAUCCAACAGACCAUCCUUGUUACUCAAAUGUGAAUGAUACGGCUUUGGGAUAUUUCAAAGAUGAGCUGUACCCUCAUCAAUGCAAACGAUUCAUUUCACUUUGUCCAAAAGUGUACAGUUUAGAUUUACAGGAUAAAGCAGACAUUAAAAAAGUGAAAGGUCUAAAAAGAACAAUAAUAAAAAAGGAGCUCAAAUUUGAGGAUUUUUAUAAAUGUCUUUUUGAAAAUGUUGAAUGUUCAAAGGAACAAAUACUUUUUAGAUCUGUCAAUCAUCAAAUCUACACAGUGAGGCAACCUAAAAAAGCUUUGGUAAAUUUUUCUGAUAAGCGUUAUUUUUAUGAUAAUAUUAAUAGUAUAGCUUAUGGUCAUUAUAAAAUGGCUGAUUAUAAUUUAAGGGAAAAUGAAAAUGAUGACAAUGUUGUUGAAGAUGAUGAAGAUGUUCUUGAAUAAAAAAAAUUAUUUGUAAUGUUUGAAUACUAACCUUAAUGAUAAGAAUGUAAAAUAAAAUUGUUUAUU